GACUUAUUGCCCCUUCAUGGGCUUGAGCCUGUGAAUGUUGACCAAAUCAUAAUUCCCUUGAGAUUGAAACCCCCCGCAUUUUUAUCAUGAAGGUCCAGCGCUUCUCCUCGUCGUUUCUUCUCUUCCUCCUACCCGCCAUUGCGACAGCCUUAGGGGACAUCGCCCCGGUUCCCUCCACUGCGCUCAACCCGACCGUUGCUGAGCGCGAUGCCGCAACCGCAAAUUCCGCCGUAGACGGACUUGCUGCUCCCAAGGUCUCUCCUAAAGGGACACUGGACGCCCCGGUGGAUGGCAAGGACGGCCGGCCCCACGCCGGUCCUUGGGUCGAGACCAAUGCGGAACGCGAUCGCAAGAAGACAGGCACCGCCAGAACAUCGGAGGAAAGAACAGACACCAAGUCAGCGGAUCAGGUCGGUCCAGAUGGAAAGCGUAUUCCCCACUCGAACGAUGGGGUUAUGGAUGACCCUAAUCGCACCGGCCCGAAAGAGGGCACGCGUGGAACAGAGGGCGGAGUGUCGGAGAAGCUCAAGGGCAGCCAACAAUCAGGAGAGAAAGUACCGGGUAGCCCUAAGGAGGCUCCUCCUUUGCCUCAUAGUGAACAAAAGAAGGUUCCUUCGUCGGAGGACAAGGAAGGGAAAGCCUCCGAUUCCAAUCUGGGCGUCCUCGAGAAGCCCGCCGAUUUGCCGGAAAAGCCUCACGACAUCCCUCAUCCCAAAUCCCCAGCUCCUGUGAAAGAAGACCCCCUCGGCCUCAAUCCUCCCACGGGUUCUACCGGCAAAACCUCCGCCACGCCCGAAGAGCCUGUGGAUGUACUGCACUCGCUCAUCGUCUCGUUUACCAUGAUCGUGGUUUCCGAAAUUGGUGACAAGACUUUCUUGGUGGCAGCUUUGAUGGCCAUGCGGCACCCACGUCUCCUCGUCUUCUCCGCCGCCUUCGCCGCGCUGUUUGUCAUGACUGUGCUUUCUGCCAUUCUUGGACAUGCUGUGCCCACUCUGAUUCCCAAGUCGCUGACCAAGUUACUGGCUGCUGGCCUCUUUUUCGUCUUUGGACUGAAACUGCUCAAGGAGGGCCGGGAGAUGUCGCCUGACGAAGGUGUUGGCGAGGAAAUGAAGGAAGUGGAGAUGGAAUUGGAAGAAAAGGAACAGGAACAACUCCGCAAGAGUCGACGUCGCUCUUCGGUGACCCCCCAUUCUCUAGAGGCUGGCCGUGCCGGACGCGGCAAGUCUCGUUCGGCGAGCAACCGUCUACCUUCCCCGCCCGAGAGCCUGUCCUCUUCCUCAUCUCGGGGGUCUUCCCCGUCGCGGGGCCGUCAGUUAGAUAGCAUCCUCUCUGGCAUGAACAAUCUCUUCUCGCUCCUUCUCAGCCCCGCGUGGGUGCAGACAUUCGUCAUGACGUUCCUCGGAGAGUGGGGUGACCGCAGUCAGAUCGCGACCAUCGCCAUGGCUGCGGGACAAGAUUAUUGGUGGGUGACGGUCGGUGCGAUCUCUGGACACGGCCUUUGCACUGCGGCGGCUGUGAUUGGAGGAAGUGCCAUUGCAGGUCGUGUCAGUAUGCGUGUCGUGACUCUUGGCGGCGCCGUCGCUUUCUUGGUCUUCGGAGCCAUCUACUUGAUUGAGGGACUUUAUUAGACCAUCUCCUUUUGCUCUUGCUUAAUGUGUUUGGGACCUUCUCAUGUAACAUAUAUUUUUCGAAUCCUUGAGCGCGUUGCGAUGUUGGGCGCUCGACAUCUACUACGUUUUAAUGAAAAAGCACCUUCCA